AUGAACGCUAUAAAUACAAAUUGGUUGCAUUCAGUGGAGGGUGAAUCAUUGAUGCACCACUUUUAUGUAAAUACAUCGAAGAAGAGAAGGUUUUAUGGUAUUCUUGAAAGACCACCUUUGCCGUCUUCAAUCGAGGAAGUUACAUAUAAAAUAUUCAUGGUUGGUAGAUCCGGAGUGGGAAAAACCUCGGUCGUGGCUCGGCUUGCUGGUGCUUUUGAAUAUGGAAAUUAUACUGAGACCAAUGGAAUAAAAAAGACGAACGUAUUCUGGCCAGUUAAAAUAUGGGAUAAAGUCGUGUUGUUCAAGUUACAGUUUUGGGAUACCUCGGAAGCGAGCAUUAAAAAGUACAAUCACAUAUUGCCUGCUUGUAAAGACAAAGUAGAUGCCAUAUGCUCUGUGUUCUCUUUCGACGAUGCAACAGGGUUUAACGAUGUACCAUAUUUGAUGAAUACUAUGUCAGCUAUAAAAGAGAAACCGGCAAACAUAGUGAUAGGAACAAAAUUCAAAGCUUGGUCCACUUCUACAAUAGAAGACGCAAGGAUAAAAGAAUUCGAGGACAAGUGGAAAGUGAAAGUUAUCAGAAUAGAUAUUAAUAGGCCCUCUACGAGGUCAGAAGUGUUCGAUUGCUCUUAUCAAUUGAAUGCUAUAUGCAAUAUUUUGUGGAACAGGGAUAAAGAGUUCAUAUCUAAACAAAUGGGCCAGAGCUGAAAGCCUUUUCUAUCAUGCAUGUCUUUUAUACACGAUAUAAUAAAGAAAAAUAUUCAAUUUUUA